AAUGCUCGUUCAGGUGGAACUGACGACCUUUCAAUAUAUAUAUUUCCCUUGUAGUUUUUUCCCCAUUAGUGUGACUCCCGCAGAUUAACCUGGUUCGUACAAGUGCUAAUUCUAAUGAUACACAGUGGAUCGAAACUUCUUGUCGCUAUAUACACUAAAUAACUUGUUGAAUAAGAUAGCUUUAUGACAUCACGGGGUAUAUAAUUUUGCAAUCUUAUUAAGCUCAACGAUCGUGUAAGCUUAGGAAAUAUCUGGAUGGAAAACAAAAUAUGGUGACGAAUGAAUGUUUAAUACUCUAACACAGGUCAUACAGGCGAGUGUAAUUAAAUAUUCAUAGAUUCUAAGUUUACUGGAUUUGGGAGACAUUCUCACACCCGUGUGGCGUAUAUCGAACACACCUGGCAAUAUUUACCUGGAAUACAAUUAACAGACCGGAGACAAAAGACAACGACGAAACAGUGGUUGACUAAUGGACACAGAUCAAUAAUACUAUACCCGGAUAGUCUUACAACGUAAAGACAGUCAACAUGGCUCAACAGACACGCCGCUAUAUUUUUGUUGUAUUACUGCUAUUGGGAGUGACGCCUGUAAAUCUACUGAAAUUUCAGGGAAAAUUUAAAGCUGAUUUCAAAGAUUUUGUUGACAUCAAAAUAGAAAACAAUGGGCGCUACCGACGUUCCCCCGGAGGCAAGAAUAUAUUCCCUCAAAACGUUGACAUCAGAUUUACAGCAUUUAAUGAUGACGUCAGCCUGCCACUAACACGGAAUGAUAAUGUUGACGGGAACGUGCCUAUUUAUGUAAGCCGUGACGGUGAUGUUAUCAGAGAGCAUAUUUCAGUGAUGCAGAACACAGCAUUUUAUCAGAAUCUGGAAAAAGGAGCAGCAUUUAUGGUCGAAUUUAAUGAUACGCAUAUAAAUGAUAUAUUUGGAUCUUUACAUCUACAUAACGAGGAAUACUUCCUAGAAAAGGCCAAUCAAACAGAAGUAUUGGAUGAACCAACUAAUCAAACAGAAGCAUUGGAUGAAUCAACCCAUAAAACGAGAUUCCGAAAUAGGCAUCAAUCAACGUUAUACAAGUUGUUUAAAACGAAACAGACGAACUUAAAAUAUGAUUACAUUUUAAAAGAUGGUCAAACUGGAAUAGAAAACAUGAGGCGAAAAUUUGACCACAAUUUCGGAAGACACGUGAGAAUUAAAAGGGCGAUAACUGCUUACCAAGUGGAGCUGUUGAUCGUCACCGAUUACUCAGUUUAUGAAUACUGGUACGAAGAAAGCACAGCAACCGCGGCCUCUGAGAAAGACAAAGAGGCUAAAGCGUCCGUCUGGCAAUUCUAUGCUUUUGUCAUUAAUGCGAUUGAUGUUCGAUACAAGAGUAUUACGUCUUCUUCCGUUUCCAUAAGGUGUGGGUUUGCUGGAAUACACAUAUCAGACACACCUUCAACAUCAACGUGGACAGAAGAUAAAAUUAGUGAUGGCACCAGCUUUGCUGUAAAUAUAAAUACCGUUUUGUCAAAAUUUCGGGCAUGGGAACGCUCUACUCUUGGUCUUCCAGUUCAUGAUCAUGCGAUGUUGUUCACCAAAUAUGACUUUGUUGACAGCGGUGAUAAUGGUGUAGCAGGUCUUGCCUAUUUAGGAGGCAUAUGCUCAUCCAACAGGCAGUCGGUUGUAGAAGAUCUGUUUGAUUUUGGAAUGAUGACGAUUGCUGCUCACGAACUGGGUCAUAGUUUGGGUGCAUCACAUGAUGGUGAGGGAAACUUCUGUUCUUUUGAAGACGGAUACGUUAUGGCUGCAACAAGCGUGAUCAAGACUGGCGAUACGGCUUCUAAUCCCUGGCAGUUUUCCCCAUGUAGUAUCAACAACUUUGAAAAUAAGAUCUCCGCAUUAAACAGUGCUGGAUCGAAUUGCAUGAGUUCUUUAAAUACAAACAUUGACCCCACGGCCUUGACCCCAUAUGACCAACAGAUCCCCGGUCAGAUGUUUGAUGCAGAUGCACAAUGUCGACGAAUAGUUGGGGAGAACUCAUUUAUGUGCAGGGGGUUUUACUACCAAGACUAUUCCAGUAUAUGUAAUCGGAUGUAUUGCUCUAAGGCUGAUGGCAGUAAUUUCUGCUCUGAGCACGUGCCCGCUGACGGUACUUCGUGUGGAAAAAACAAGUGGUGCAUGAAAGGAGCUUGUGUAUCGAAUGCUUCUGCACCGAGCGUAUCUGACACCUGCCCAUUUGGAGACCAGGCCGGUAUAGUCUCCGCUGGCCACACAUGCGCAAGCGUGGUAGACCUCAAUGCGUAUAACUGUAACUCCACAGGCUGGUAUAGUUACUGUUGUAAUAUAUGUGGCGCCCUUUACACUGGAAUUCCAGGAUGUGAGUAUGGCGAUAGAAGCUCGCAAUGUAAAGCAGAAAACUGUCCAAGUUAUAGUCAGCCGAAUUUGGAGAUUUGCUGUAGUUCAUGCGCAGUGACCACCACUACGCCAACACCGACAACUACCACAACCCCCACUCCGACAACUACAACCCCCACUCAAACAACUACAACAACCACUCCUACCACAACAACUACCACACCGACAACUACAACUACCACCCCGACUACAACUACAACUCCAACAACUACAACUACCAUU